UGAGUUCACAGUGUGGAAACAUAAUGACAACCUCAAUGCUUUUGCAUACAAGAGUAUUAGUUACUAGCUUGGCAAACUAACCACGUGCCAGAUGUUGUGCAUGUCUCCGUAGAGCCCCAUACUCGUCAUUAAAACAGAAGUGUGAAAACCAGAAACUUCAAUCAUCAGCAUUUCAUUUCAGUUUUGACUUUGAACCUCAAAGGACAAGUCUAUUAUUGAGUUUUGGAUAACUCUUUAGUGUUUGAUGCUGAAUGGCAACAAUGUUGAACACCACCAGAGGUCUUUCGGAAAUCAUAUCACCCAGUGUUUUCAUCACAACAGAAUAUGAUUACUCUGAUGUUGUGUCUUCUCAACCGUGUGAUUAUGGAACCCAUGCAAGCCAUAUUCUCCCUGUGCUCUACUCCCUGUUCUUCGUGGUGGGCGUCCUGGGAAACAUGCUGGUGCUAUGGGUGAUCCUGAUGGGCCCUCAGAUGAAAAGCAUGACUGAUGUGUCUCUCCUGAACUUGGCCAUCGCUGACCUUCUACUAAUCUUCUCUCUUCCCUUCCUGGCUCACUACGCCAGGGAUACCUGGGUUUUUGGUAGAGCCAUGUGCACUCUGGUCCUCAGCGUGUACUACAUUGGAUUUUACUCUGGCAUUUUCUUUAUUGUGCUGAUGAGCAUCGACAGAUACUUGGCUGUCGUCCAUGCUGUGUUUGCCUUGAAAAUCCGAACGAAGGCUUAUGGGAUUUUAGCCAGCCUUGUAGUCUGGAUUAUAGCUAUUACAGCAUCAUUUCCUGAGCUGCUGUAUCUUGGAGUCAAAGAAAAUGGGACUGAAGUAGUUUGCAGUGCUUAUCCAAAAAUUCAAGAAAGUCACAAUGAUGUGAGAAGUGCAGCUUUCUUUAAAAUGAAUGUUUUGGGAAUGCUGAUUCCACUGAGUAUUGUGGGAUUUUGUUACUCGAUGGUCCUACAGAAGCUCCAGACCCUUCGUAAAUCAGGGAAAUUGGCCAUUCGUCUUGUUGCUGCGGUCAUGGUGGUGUUCUUCUGCUGUUGGAUACCGUACAACAUUGCAGCAUUCCUCAAAGCACUGGAACUGAAGCGUAUCCUGCCUCAAGAGUGUGAGCUCAGCAAAACAAUCCAGCUCAUGCUGCAAGUCACUGAAGCUAUAGCGUACUCACACAGCUGCCUCAAUCCAUUCCUCUAUGUGUUUGUCGGUGAAAAGUUCAGGAGGAACCUUGCAAAGCUCCUCCUGCAGACACCAUGCGUCAAAGUGCAGUGUAUGAAGCACCACAUGACCCGGGCCGCAGGCUCAGUGUAUUCCCGGACAUCAAGCGUGGAAGAACGCUCAGUUGGAAUCUGAAUGGAGGAACAUGAAGUCUUUUUCUAUGUAUAAAUUACUCCCAUUUUAUGCUGUAUGUACUAUUUAAAAUGUGAGAGCUUCUAUUUGCAUGUGUUAUAUAUCCCUGCUUUUAGGUAAAGAUUACCAUAACAUGCUCUUUUUUAAAUGUUUUGUGCACUCUCAGAGUGAUAUCAUUACCUUUUGUACCUUAAAUGUGUGUCUUCCUCAUAUAAAUGCAUAUGUAGUGUACCUUUGAAAAGAUUUAUAGUAAAUAAUUGUACUGUAAUAAAUUCUGGAUUAUACUUGCUUUUAACUACGCAUACACUCAUAUGCACGAUAGCUGCCACAUGGUUGUAUGGAGUGUUGUUCGUGCAGGUCCUUAGAAUUGUCCUAGGUGUCCAUGUGGUUCAAAACCAGGGUAAAUAGUGGGAUUAGUACAAAAUUCUCUAUUGUAAGGUUAUAGUUUUCAAUUAGAGACAUAGCUCAUGCCAAAAAUCACGAUGGCAGUGGAAAGUGGAAUAUUAUAUUUUACAUUGCUGUUCAUUAAAUUGCUAAACAUUUUAAAGUACAACUUGGAAAUCUGACAGACUGGGAAGUUUUGGUUCGGAUUUGCCAUCUAUUAGAUUUUGUUUUAAUCCUUUAGAUUACAUAAGAGAGCAUAAAAUGUGUUUCAAAGGUAUACCUUUUUACUUUCUAGGUAAACGGUACAUCCUAAAGGUACCAAAGGUGUAUGCAACAAGGAAUGGUCCAGUUUAAUGCCGUUUUUCUGACACUGGAUGUGUUUACUGACCUUAUCUUAUUAAAGUCAGCGUGAUCUUAAAAUUAUGACUGAAUAAUACUGAAAAACAGAAAUUUUAAUAGAUCUCAUAUGGAUUUCAUCAAAGGUCAGACUAAAAGCACAAUCCCUUCCUCCAAACACUUCCUUUCCCUACAAUAUAGCUCAUAUGAGUUUCCAUAAAUGUUUCCGAACCUGUUGGAGUGUGUUUUUAUAAGUGCAGACUGUUGAUUUAUUAAUACUUGCUUAUGUUCAUAAAGAGUCAUUUAUCUUAGUGAAAAACAGUCAUAAACACAUUUGGACAUCUGGACAAAACAUUUAUACCCAUGUCUUAAAUUAUCAUUUAAUUUAGCAUGAUGUUUGAAUAUUAUGAGGAUUACACCUCCAUUUAACACUUGAAUGGAACAUUCAACAAACACAUAUGUUCAGGUGCCCACUCACCUUUAGCCAUAGUGUGUAUAUAGGUCAAUUGUGACCUGUAACAUAAGUUGAAUUUAUUCAUUUUUUUAUUCAUUAAUUUAUACAUAAUCUGAAGUCAUGAUUACAAAUAAAAUAUGGCUGAAGUACACACAUGCUAGAAUUAAAUAAUCAAAUAGAAUAUAUGGCUCCUACAUACAUAAUAGCGAUUGAAAAUCCAUAAAAUUGGCCUGUUGUACGGUAAUACGGUCAGAAUGGACUGUAAAAUGCAGUGUAAUAAAUUCAAAAUCUAAGUUGUUGAUGGAUUUGUAGUUGGUAAGUGACGUCAAAAUAGAACAGUCAGAUAUUUCAGGACUGUUUUGAGCUGAUUUAUGUAUACAGAUUCAAACUUGCCUG